AUGGAUUUCAUGGGACCCUUUCCCUCUUCCUACUCCAAUAAGUACAUCCUGGUGGCAGUGGAUUAUGUAUCAAAAUGGGUUGAAGCCAUAGCCACACAAACUAAUGAUUCUCGGGUUGUGAUCGUAUUCCUGAAAAAGAAUAUCUUUGUGCGAUUUGGAGUCCCGAGAGCAAUAAUCAGUGAUGGGGGAGCACAUUUUGACAAUUGGUUGGUAGAAGUUGCUCUUGCAAAAUAUGGAGUCAGGCAUAAGAUAUGUACCCCGUACCAUCCACAGACUUGUGGUCAGGUUGAGAUUUCUAACAGAGAACUUAAGCGUAUACUGGAAAAGACUAUUGGAAAUGCUAGGACUCAAUGGUCCAAGAAACUUGAUGACACCUUAUGGGCUUACCGUACAACAUUCAAGACUCCUAUUGGAAUGUCUCCAUUCCAAUUUUUAUUUGGGAAAGCAUGUCAUUUACCAGUAGGGUUGGAACAUAGAGCAUUGUGGGCUGUCAAGUUUUUAAACUUUGAUUCCAAAGCAGCAGGUGAGAAAAGGUUACUUCAAUUGGAUGAACUGGAUGAAUUCCGUCUUUCUGCAUAUGAACGUGCAAGCUUAUACAAAGAAAAGACCAAGCUAUGGCAUGACAGGAAGAUCACACCCAGGGAUUUCAAGGUGGGCCACCAAGUUCUGCUGUUCAAUUUCAGUUUGAAGUUAUUUCCAGGAAAGUUAAAGUACAGAUGGUCUGGACCAUUUGUGGUGAAGGAUAUUAAGUCUUAUGGAGCGGAGGAAAUUAGUCCCUUGAAUUCUGACCGAAGCUUUACUGUCAAUGUUCAGAGGUUGAAGUUGUACAUUGGUAGUGCUGUAGACAAGCAACUUCUUACAGUUGCCUUGAUGGAGGCUGCUAGUCUAGCAUUGUGGGGGACCAUGUCUUCACCAACUAAGAAGAUUGGCAAAAAGAGGGCCAGAGUGUCUAAGAGUAAGGAGCCUACACCUCCACCUUCUUAUGAUGACAAACUAUGGAGGAGUGCCGCCCGUGAAGCCAGAUUUAAUGAGAAGACAUCUUCCAGGCCUUUUGUCCGAGAGAGAAAAUUCGUCUUGAACAAAGAUGAAUAUCCUGAUUUUCAGUCUCAGUUGUUAAAGCGGGAAUAA